ACAAACAUACACACGUACACCAUCCUGGGAUCCCAAAUUCUCUGAAUUUCUUCCGGAUUGAAAAUUUUCUAUUGAAAAGGCACAAUGCUGAAGAUAUUUGUCUUAGUCGCAGUGGUGGAGGCCUGCUUGGCGGCGCCGCAAUUUAUAAUCGAUCAUUCGCCAGCUUUUUACGCUCAUCCGGCCGUUCUCAUUAAUUCACAAAUGGAAGAGGGCCUGCCAAAUGAACUGAGGAAUAAUUUUUAUAAAAAUCCACGAAUUGCGGCUGGCCUCGCUAAUGAGUCCUUACUAACCGUAAAAGAAAUGCAGGUAGUGAACCGAGAAGCUGAUAAGAUUCCUAGGGAGAAGGUGUUUAACAUCCUUCAUAAUGGUGGUUUUCUUCGUAGAUAAUGAAGCGGUAUCAUAGCCAUAGUCCUCAUUUAUUUAUUUGCAUCAUCAAACCAUUAGUGCGUUUUUUAAAAUGCUACAGAAUAAUUUGAAGACAUGAAAUAAGAACUGGAUAAGGAACAAAAGCUAAAAUUUCACAAGUUUAAAACAAAGUUUCUUUGCUAGGUUUUUAAAAAUAAAGUAUUUAUCAAAUUAUAAAAUCAUGUGUUCCUCAAGAAAUAUACACUGAAGAUGUGAAAACAUUAGGAAAAUAUUUUUUCUCUCUGGGAGGGGAAAAACAAAAUGGUCCUUAUACAGGUUUCAAUCUUAUAAAUUUUACAAGUGCAAUGUAUGUAUUUUGAAUAUGCCAAAAUUGUGAAAAAUUUAUCUCGAAUAGAAGAAUUAUUGAUGAAAGUAUAAGAAUGACAACAGAAUAAGGACCACAUAUAAAAUUAGUUGUAUUCGGGAUGAUAGAAAAUGUAAUCAAAAUUAUAGAAGGAUGUGGAUUAAUAUUUACAACACUUCAGGGAAGUAACAGUUUUUUUAACAGUAACUUUGUUUUUUCAGAAACACUUUGUACCAUGUAGUAUAGAAAUAAUGUUAUGUUUGGCCUUUAUCCAGUUUUCAUUCUCAUAAUUUUAAAGUUACUUUCUUUGAGUGAAAAUACACUGAGAAAAAAGAUUAUUUAAUUUAAACAAAUGUGGUACUGAAUACGUCCCAUCAAAUAUUGUUUUGAUCGAAGACAACUUUUUUUAUUUCAAGAAAUAAUGUUUUUCAAAUAAAAAACUUACUUUUGUAAUAAGCGAAAUUUCUUUAUAUCAAGGAAAUAUUUUAUUGAACGUAUUCAGCACUACAUUUAUUUGAAUCAAGUAAUCUUUUUUCUCAGUGGAGCAUUGAUUUUUACAUAUUCCUAAUACGUAUCUGUAAAUAUGGUACUAAGUUACUUGAAAUCAUUAAAAACAGUUUUUCGGAAAACCGAACCUUAUCCAGUUGUCAUUUGUAUGGUCUUAAAUUGCAUAUCACAUUCCCCUCUCUAUUGCUAUAGUUUUAUAGAAAGUGGAAAAUAGACAAAAAUGUAAAAUUUAAUAGAUCUCAAAACAGCUUUCCUAAAAAGCCAAUUUAUGUCCGUAUGAGAAUUUCAAAAUAUUAUUCUUAUAUUAAAUACUGAUGAAAAAUCUAAUCAAUACAAUCUAUUUUUAUAUAGAAAUUCUAUCUUUGCCAUACAGUUUGCAUAUAUUUUAGCAUUAACAACUAUCAUUUUAGAAGAAGUAGCAUAUUUUUAUAUAUCAUAAUUUAGCAGGUUUUUUAAUAUAGAAAGUGUGGGACUUCUGUGUGUUCAAAAAAAUAGUUAUAGGUCAUCUCUGAAAUAUUCUGUAAGCGAAUGAUUGUACAAGAAAUAAUUGUCCGAUUUAAAAGUGUUUUAUGAGUUAAAUUUUGUGACUAUAGAAACUAGUUUAUGUGUAAUAUUCAAUUUAUUGUAAUAAAAUCUUUUAAUAAUCGACCCAAAUUCUAAACCAAAUUAGGAUAUGGAUCAUGAAGUUUCCUUUUUUAGAUUUCCAAAAAUUUGGGAGUACAUUUAAUUUUAUUUUACAGCGGUAAAACCAGUUUCACACUUUCAUUAUUUACAUAUGUUUUGAGAGACCACUUCCUAAUUUGAAUUUAGUAUAAUUACAAAAUAUUAAUCGGGUCUCCAAGUCAGUUAAAAUUCGCAUAAAAGAUUAUUCGUAAAUUAAUUAAUUAAUUUCGACAUACUUUAAGCUUAGCCCGAAAAUUUAUUAUUUACGAAACAUUCCGGCGAUAAGAUGGUAAGGUAGAAUUCUCCGAAAUUUACAAGGUUACUAAAAAGGAAUAGUGAGAUGCAACCUGACUUUCAGUUCAGUUAAUAUGAAAUCGUAUUUUCAGGCAACAUAAUUAGAUUGUACUAAGGCUGUGAUCCACCUACUAACUUUCCAAAGUUUUUAAAAUGGCAAUAAACAUAAUUAUUAUAUUUGGCUUUCACAACAAAAUUAUUCGUUUGUGGAA